AUGGAUUCUAGCAGUCAAUAUUAUCUUCAUCCCUCAGAUUCUCCAGGAAUGAAUCUUGUGAAUUUCGUUUUCGAUGGAACUGGUUUUGCUGCGUGGAGAAGGUCCAUCAUUAUUUCUCUAUCAGCUAAGAACAAGAUGAGUUUUAUUGAUGGUUCUGCCGAAAUACCAUCUGCUGAUACACCUGAGUUCAAGUUUUGGACUAGGUGCAAUAACAUGUCCAAUGGAGCUCAACUCUAUCACCUUCAAAAAGGCCUCACAGAUCUGAUGCAAGGAACAGCUGAUGUAGCAGGAUAUUUCAUAAGAAUCAAGAGGAUUUGGGAUGAGCUAGAUGCUCUCUCCAGCGGAGAAAUAUGUUCUUGCAACUGCACCUGUGGAGGAAAGAAGAAAGUAGUCAAAUUCAAGCAGGACGAAAGAUUGAUCCAAUUUCUAAUGGGACUUAAUGAUGUUUAUGCAGCAGUAAGAAGCAACAUACUCAUGAUGUCACCUCUCCCAAAUGUGAAUCAUGCGUACUCUCUCCUCAUUCAAGAUGAGAAACAAAGAGAGGCAUAUGUUAAUCCUAACUUUCCAGGUGACACAUCUUCAUUUCUUGCAACACAUCAAAAUUUCUCAGGUCAGAGGUAUAACAAUACUGAUUUUAGAGCAAGAAAGAACAACAACAAUAACUACAACAACAAUCUGUUUUUCUUUUGA